AGUUGAAAUUUACAGCUACUUUCAAAAUGAGAUGUUUCGCUCUGAUUUUUCUUGCCUUCCUUGUAUCGGUGUCUGGCCGAUUUACGGAUGAUUUUUACAAACAUUUAGCAGGGAAUAAUACAAGUGAAAAUCUUAUUUUUUCGCCCCUCUCCGUCGAAAUCGCUCUGGGCAUGGUCUACAUGGGAGCUGAGGGUAGGACAGCCCAGGAAAUGAGGAACACUCUGAAACUAUCCGAGGAUAAAAAGGAAGUGGCUAGAAAGUACAAGAAAUUGCUGUCAAACCUUGAAGGACGAGAAAAGGUAGCCAUUCUCAAGCUGGCGAAUCGAAUAUAUGUCGCGGAUAGUUAUCGAUUGGUUCCGGAGUACAAUCAGGCGGUUAAAGACUCUUUCAAGGCCCAAGCCGAGACCAUCAGCUUGAAAAGUCCAGAGAGUGCAUCAUUGACUGUCAAUAAGUGGGUGACUGACCAGACAAACGGCAAGAUCAAAGAUUUAGUUACUCCCGCCGACUUUAAAGGUGAUCUAGUUGCCAUGCUCUUGAAUGCUAUUUACUUUAAAGGUCAGUGGGAGCACAAGUUCAAUCCUAAACAUACAAAGGUGACGGACUUCUAUAUAACUGAUCAAAAACGAGUGCCUGUUCAGAUGAUGAAAGUGUCUGGGGUUUUCCAAGCUGCAUAUGUACGAUCUUUGGAUGCCCAAGUGAUCUACCUACCUUAUCAAAAUUCUAGCCUCUACAUGGUCGUAUUUCUUCCCAAAAAAAACGAUGGCCUCACAGAGUUGGAGAAAAAGAUCGCCGAUUAUUCCGAACCUAUACCACCCAGGGAAGUGAAUUUAAAAUUGCCGAAGUUCAAGAUCGAAUUUACGGCAGAACUAAAAGAUAUUCUUAGGACGAUGGGCAUCCGAGAUGCAUUUUCAGGAAAUGCUAACCUCAAAAGCCUAGUAAAUGGACAGGUUAAUAUUGACAAAGUCAGGCAAAAGGCCUUCAUUGAGGUGAAUGAAGAGGGAGCCGAGGCCGCCGCUGCAACAGUUGCAAUAUUGACUUCAAAGCGAGCAACGCGACCCUUAGAGUUUGUGGUCAACCAUCCGUUUGCCUACGUCAUUCGCGACAAUGAAAAUAUUUACUUUCAAGGGCAUGUUGUUAAUCCAGCAGCGAAGGAUAAAUAAGAAACAAAUUUUAAAUAAAUUCAAGCAUUAAUAGGAAGUAAAAUUCCAUAAAAGUAAUGCGUAAAACAAAAAAAUACUUUGUUGCAUACUUUUUGAAUACCAACUUUCUUUUCAUUUUUCA